GAUUAUUUCCCUUGGUUAACCUGUUAUCAAGAACGUUUUGAUAUGUAAAUAAUUGCAAAACCAUUUCCCCUACUACAGAUCAAAGUAUAAAAUGGGUGAUAAUCGCUGUACAAAUUUUAGUAACUUCAGUUUCUAUAUUGUGGCUAUUGUUUAGGCCUAUUAAUAUUAACUAUACUAUUAAAUUACUAGUCACUAUUCUGAUCUGACUAUACACAAAACAAGACUUCAAGACAAAAUAAAAUAUAAAAAAUAAAAGGAUAACUAUCAAUAGUCAAUAGUAUUAAUUACCGUUGUGACAAACGGCGUUGUAGUUGCAGUCUUAGGCCUUAGCCUGCCUUAGGACACUUUAUAAAUUAGUCACCUAGAAUUUGGUAUUUGUGAACACUAGGCCUUCUAUUGGCAGUGGUAAGUGGAACAGUCCAGAAAAAUAAACUAAAACCAAAACAUUGACACAAUUAAAAAGACAAAUAUGACGUUUAAGACUUCUCUUCUUAAGUUAGAGCACUAACUGAGUGCAACUCUGUCUCUACUCUAUAGUCUAUAGUGACUAUAUAUAGGCCUAAUUCUAGGUAAUGUUUCUAAGUAGAGGGCUUGGGCCUAGGCAUAAUUAAUGAAUUAUAGUUAUAGUAAAUUGUAGUUUCCAAGACAUUGUACUAUUAAUAAAUUACAGUCAAUACUGACAAUAGUCACAAAAUUGUUUAAUAAUUAAAUAGACUAUAAUUAUAAAUCAUUUUUCAUUGUAUGAUUGUCAGAAAAGAACUUAGACUUAAUAAUAAUCCAGCUAUAAAAAAAGUACUGCACGGUCUUCACAAUUAUGCAGUCAGAAUCAGGCUUCAAAAUGGAUCAGUAUGUAAAACAGGUAUUAUUAAAAUUAAAUGGAUUAAAAAUAAGUAGUUUUAUUAUCUUUCUUAGUUUAUUCAAUAAUAGUAGUUCUGUAGUGAUAGUAGUAACUUAUGUAGCCAAUGUAUGCCUAUUUUGUGCCACUGUUUGAUGGUGAAUGAGACUAGUGAAUGUUAAGUAUGUGGUUUUAUUUUCCCUAGUCAUAUCAGACCUUUCUUAACGUUUGAUGCAACAAAGAGACUGAUGUCUGCAUUCGUGCUAUCACGCAUGGAAUACUGCAAUGCUUUCAUGGUUGGUCUUCCAGCUAGGUUCCUGGAUAAAAUUAAAAAAGCACAGAAUAAUGCGGCUCGCAUUGUUCUUCGCAAACGCAAAUUUGACCAUGCUAAAACCCUUCUGAGAGAGUUGCAUUGGCUGGCGGUCCGCGCUGGCAUAGAGUACAAAAUUGCAACUCUGUGCUACCGCUGCUUGCAUGACCUGGCACUGUCCUAUCUCAAAGCGCUCAUGAUGACUUAUGUACCCACUAGACAACUCCGCUCAUCCGAUAGUGGCAAACUCUCGAUACCACGUGUUUGCCUUGAGACUUACGGAAGGCGCACUUUCGCAUUUGCGGGCCCAACAAUUUGGAACACGCUUCCUGUUGCUCUCAAAAACAGCCAGACACUGGAGUCUUUCAAAACUGAAUUGAAAACACAUUUAUUUCGCAAACACCUGCUGGGUGAUGUUGUCUACCAUCUUUUCAAGCUAGCUAUUAUCUCCUAGAUGUAUAUUGGCCUGUGUUUUUUAAGGUUGCAAGGGAUGAAAUACUUAGAAUCGGUUUUCUCGUAUGUAGUUUUUGUGAUGGUGCGUUUUGUAUUUCAAUGUGGUAUAAUAUAGAUAUUUUCAUUUCUCUUUUAAUAUGGUCUACUUUGUACCCUUUGGGGAUGAAGCAUGAUUUUCAAAUAAACUUUAUUAUUAUUAUUAUUGCUAUUACUAUUUCACACAUUUUUAAAAUUUGAUUUUAUACUUUUUAAAUUUUAAAGAAAACAUUUUCAUUCUCAGGUGUUGGAGGAGGAACUUGUUAGAAGAGAUCCAUUUUUAACAGAGAAAGAUUUGCAGAUACUACUGAAAGAAGAGGAACCACUUGAAAAAGGCCCUAGAGCUUCAAUUGUUGGGUACCCAACAUAUCCUCUCUAUCGUGAAAUUGCAAACAUGUUGAACUUGUGGCUGGAAGAAAAACAUUGUCCUGUUCUUGACUUACCAAGGUUUGUCAUACUAGUUAGAGGAGGAAAUAAGAAACACAGAGUAAGGGAAACUUGCAAAAGAAAAGAUUGAAAAAUGAAUCAUAAUGAAUGUAUCUAUAACAAUUUUUUUUUUUUGGAAACUCUGUCUAGUCUGAGAAGAAGGUGAAGGCACAUUCAUUGUUUUGUUUUAUUUGUUCAAGUUUACCUUUUUCUUUGUUGUUGUUGUUUUUUUCAAUGUAUUAAGGGCCCACGAUCAAUGUGUUGAUCAUUCUGGCUCCUGUGUUGAUCAUUCUGGCUCCUGUGUUGAUCAUUCUGGCUCCUGUGUAUGUAGAGGGAUUUUGUUUCUUUUUUUAAUAACUUGAUUACUGUCUCCCUCGUUAUUAUAGCAUGAGGAUAAUUGGAUUAGAUACUUUGUGUGUGGCUGCAACUGGGAAGGGAUAUUAAUAUAAUGUAUUGCAGCAGGUCAAAAUAAUCUUAACCUCAAAUCCCCCCAGACAGUGGGGGCAAAACCUAUGACAUGGAUGCUGCAGUGGGCAUGUAGAGACCUCUCUAUUGGCACAUGAGUAUAUCUUUUUUUUUUUAAAUAAGAACCUCAGUAUUCAGGUUUUAUUGCAGUUUUGUUACUUUGCUAUAAAUAAGUGAGUUUUGGGUAGAAUUUUCUGCACUGGUUAUCUAAAAGUUCAAACAUGACUGCCCUAAGUUAUUACAUGUAUGUCAUGGAGAGCUGCUUGAAUGCCCCUAUCAUGCUACAAAUAAGCCACACAAAAAAUUAAUAAUUAUUUCUCAUUUCUCCUAUUUCCUUUGAUGUUACAUACUGUAUUCUCUGGGCAGUCCAUUUCAGUACCAGUACUGUGUUGACAAGAUCUAGCCUGUAUGUUUUUGCAAUGGUUUUCACUUUCCAUUAGUGUUGCAGUUCUUAAUUGAAGAUUAUCUGUGGCAAGAGGAUCAUAUGGAUCUUUUAUUUAGGCAUUUGACUUCCAGCUUCCAUUCUGAUGUGCUGCUGAUAAGGUGACCAUUUUUUUUUACCAGGACAGUAUUGGUUUUUGAACCUUUGUCCUGGUUUGAAACCAAUACAGUUUAAGACUACACAAUUUUUAAAAUGUAUAUAUUUUUUUUUAAUUUAUAAAAAAUAAUUGAGUACAUCUGAUAUCCAGGCAUAAGUAAAUGACACAACAAAAAGAUACAUAAUUUAUCCAGAUUGGCUUCAUAAUAAUAUUUUGUCUUCAAAGAACGCUUCACUGACAGAAGAGCUUGUCAUGUAAUCACAAAUAAUUUAUUAUUAUUUGACACCCAUACAACAAAAAGAUUUUAAAUGUCCUAGUUUAAUUUGCCAAGAUUUUCAAAUGUCCUGGUUUGAUUUUGAAAAAAAUGGUCACCACUGAUCUUCCAGCAUUUUGAUCAAUAGUAGAGAACACUCUAGAAUAUUAAAGAUGUUGAACUUGCUGUUGAUCCUCAAUUUGCUCUAUCAUUGAUGUCAGUUUUACAUUUUCAAUCUCAAUAUUUUAAAAUGCUUGAACAGAACUAAAAAUUAGUUGGUUGACAACCCAAGUUACUUAUAUAUCUUUCACUGGCAUUCUGUAACGUACUAGUAAUCAGGCAUAUGAAAAAAAUGAAUUAUGUAAAGUCUUUUUUUUUUUUUUUCAUCAGAGUUAACAUUUUUUUUUUUAGGUUUGACCUUCUUGAUGAGAAAAGCUAUGCAGAAAUCAGGGCUGCUACUAUAAAAAGUAUUGCACCUUUGUUAGAUGGCUUACAGUCACUGUGGUCAAUUUGGACUGAAGAGGAAAUUAGAUUUAGAAUCCGUGAUAUCCUUGUAAUUUUAGGCCUGAGGGGAAUUUUGGAUCUCUUAGGAAUAAGGAAGACUGUUGGAACAAAAGAAAUGCUACCGCCUUCACGUAAAGCACUGAUGGCUUCAUUUACAGCCAAACAUAAUCCUAACAGUGAGCUGUGGGUUGGAGCAAGGGCGCUAGCAAAACAUUUUCACAGGGAUCAAUCAGAGUCAUGGUGGGGUAAUUGCACUGGGACUGAAGCCGAUAAAAACAAGCAUGCUCUAGGACUACUGGAUAAAAUAUUGGACAAUGCUGUGUGGAUCAAUAUACACUGGCUGCCUCAUGAUGUCUUUAUCAUUGAGGCCAGGCAAGACCAGGGUUAUGGCCUGCGAUGGUCAGCAGAUGGUGCCAGUUUUCGAGGAUUUUUAGAGCCUCAGAUGAUAGAUGGACAUGAAGUUGGGUGGCGGCACUGAGAACUUAAUUUAGUUUUGUAAAAUGUCUUAUUAUGUACAGUAUAUUUUUUAUUAUUUAAGGUAUAUUUGGCUUACCUGAAAAGCAAUGCCAACAUAUUUAAAAAACGUUAGAUUGAUAUUUCCAACUUUUUUCGUUGUUACCAAAAGAGUCAUGGAAGUUUCAUGAUUAAUGGCAGAUUGGCUGCUUUUUAAAUUAUAGUAAUUUAAAAUCUACAUAAUUUAGUAAUACUUUUUGUUUUAAUCAAGUGAGCCUCAGAUGAAAAAUUUUAUGCCAGCAUCAAAUGUAAAACUUCAUAAUAGACCUCUUUAUUUAAUGUAAACUGUUGACAUUUUGUUCUUUCACUUUCAGUUAAAUGCCAUUUAUAAUAAUUCAAAUUUAUUAUUUAAAAAGUGCGGAAAUCACUGAUUCUGAAGUCAGCUUAAUAAAUUCUAAAGAAACCUCAUUAACAGUAUCAGUAACACCAUGAAGAACUGAAUAUGAAAAUAGGUUUUAAAAAAUGUGAAUCUAUUUUAAACUUUACUUAUCAGUACGAAUCUAUUUCUUGAAUUUUUAUUGUUUAUUUUUUCACUACUUAUAUUGAGAUGCAGCUAAUUGUUGCAACUGCUUUAUGAUGCUCAGAUCAAAUGAAAUUCACCAUAUUUUAUAUCUAACUCAAGCUCUCUAUAUAGAAUUUCCUUUUUUGCUUUUGUGACUUCAAUGCUCAGAAAUAUUCAGAAAUUUCUGGAGGUAAACAUGUGGGCAUUAACAGAGGCAUUCAAUUUACAAAUACAAGUAAAAAUGUAUAAUGUUAAAGAACAAUUUUUUCUUGUCUUUCAAAAUUACAACUCAUAUUCAGGAACUGAAAUGUUAUUUAUAACACCCAAUUAUUCUAUGGAAGUCUUGCUACAGAUUAAUUUAAAGGAAAAAAGAAAAAAAUCAAACAAGGAUUUUUUUAAGACUGGAAAAAAUAUGUAUGAUAAAUUUUUAAAAAAUGCAACAAAGUUUCAUUUAUUUUGAUCAAUUAUCUUUUCAUUUUAAAGAAAAUUGUUAUUGAUUUUUUUAAAAAUUACCUGUAUUCAUUAUGGGAACCAUUUUAAAUUCUCAAUGGUACCAGUUAUUGUAAACAGAAAGUUAAGUUAGUAUCAUUUAUUUAAUAGAAAUACUUUAUUGUAUUUUAAAAUUACAAUGUUAGUUUUAUUUUAUACAAAGACCUCUGUUCAACAUUUAUUUCAAUGUAUGCCAGAAUCCGGCCCCGAGGGAGCUGCCCCGUUCUUCAUUAUGAUCAAAGCUGGCUGUUUUUCUAAAAUAUUUUUUUUUAAAUUAAUUUUUAAAUAGCGGUAAAAUAAGCAGUCUGAGUCAAUGAAGGACAGAAAAAAAAAACCCACAGAAAUUACAAUGUGAUCUCACAUUUGUCAUAAUUCUGCUAAUACAAAUAUGAUUCAGUGUUUUUUCAAUUGACUAUUUCACAUAUAUAACCAGCCAGGUUUUGGUCACAUGCAAGGGAAGUUUUAUCUUCUUGCAGUCAUUUUUAAGCAGUAACUACUCCUAUGUACCGGUACAUGUUUUUUUGUUGUUGAAAUAGCUGCACAAUUUUUUUUUUAAAUAUCUGCCAAUGUCUGAAUUAUUCUUUGAUUUAUUUGAUUUUUUUAGCUGCUGUGUCACAAUGAGCUUAAUUUCUCAAUUGUUAUUGUCUAUGUUAAUUUCUCAUUCUUGAUUGUGAAUGUGAAAUCUUUUCAUUUUUUUGUAACAUAAGCCAAUCAUAUAAAGUAUGGUCACUUUUUUUUUUUUUUUUAAAAGAAGAAAAUAAAUAGAUUACAUAUUGUUAAGCAUUUUUGUUUUUGUAGACUUCUACUUCUUAUAAUAUAUUUUAGGCAACAAAUAAUUUGUCACUUAUGAUACAUGAUUUGCCAUAGUGCCACUUAACUUAAGUUGUACUAUUGACAUCAGUGUUGUGUAACUUAUACAUAUUUAGAUGAAGUUAAUCCAGACAAACAGUCAUCAAGAGCUUUAUUGAACUUGAGUCAUACAGUGAAUUAUCCCUUCUUUUUUUUUUUUUUUUAACUAGUAACAAUAAUGUUAGCACAAUGUGUUAAGCGACC